GGUUUGGAACGAGAGCAAAUAUCGUUCUCCCAUUGGGGACCGUCAAGUCGUAUUUGGUGAACGGAGAAAUACAUGGAUACAUCAGAACAAGGCAGUGAACAAGGUGAAGAGUCUAUUUCGAACAAUAGCCAACAAUUGUGUAAGGACUAUUUUGGAAAGUAUGGUAUAUGCCCAAAAGGUGACUCUUGCCCGUUUGCCCAUGGAGAAGACGCAAUUGUUGUUCGGUCAGAGGAAGAUAUUCGACGAUGGCAAAGGGAGGAAAUAAGAGGAAGUAACUCGAAAUGGAGCGGUUACGACUUGGAAACACUCGCCAAAAUUCUACGGGAACGAUUACGUCACUUGUUAAACAAGCCUUUGGGUUCUGAGGAUGGAAGCGCAAAAGUUUUGGAAACAAAGGAAAAAGAGACAGACGUGAACAAGGAAUUAGAAAUGACUCACUUGAAGGAAAACGUUGGUUCAAGGGAUUCUAAGAGACCUGCUUCAGAAGUAGAAUUGCCACAAGAUAAUAACCAUUUUAAAGUAUUUAAAGGCUCACGUCCGACGGUGAAAGUCGUUCAAAACAGUCGUAUUCGUUGGAAAACCAGACAGUCUACUGUGGAUGUGUUUUACAAGGAGUUGAUGAAAAAAGGUCUAAGUGAACAAGAAGCUUCUGAACGUGCACUAAGAGAGGAAGAAGACAUCUUUCAUAGUUGUGAAAAUGGAGGUGAAAUUGUAUACACGAAUACGGCUAGUCAUCGUUUUCGGAAAUUGCUUAAAGCAUCAGUUGGAGAUACUAGUUGAGUUGCUAGUUGCAGUAUUCUUUUAUAUUAUAACUUGGCAACUCCUGUUUGAGAGUUUGUGAAAUUUGC